AUGGUUGUUGAAAUUCUGAAAGCUUCGAGACAGCAUCUGCCCUCAAAAAGGAAACCAAAAUGCAACACAAAGCGAAUACCACCUCAAGAUCUAAGCUUGAAGAAAUGCAGUAAAUCUAGCGGAGGAAAUGUAUUCAGCAGCCGGGCUUGGUUAAGGUUGCUCGCCAAUAUUCGCAAGAGAUAUGAUGACCAGACAGAGGUUUCCUCCAGCAAAUCUACAAUUUGCUGGAGGCGAGGAGAAAAGUACCACGGCAUUGCAUUGCUAGCUUUUCUGUCCAAGGCAGCUAUAGAUUUCCAACAUACAGAAGUUUAUAUCAAGCUCGAUUUUAAUACACGCCACCAGCACUAUAAAUAUAUCUUGGAAUUGUGUGUUGUAUUGGUAACAUUCAGACUGUUGCGUCGUUUGUUAGUUUCAUCUGGAGACCCGUCGUCCCUGUGUGUCUGUGAUGUCGACGAUGACGAAGACUUAGAUGACGAAGACUUAGAUGACGAAGACUUAGACGACGAAGACUUAGAUGACGAAAACUUGGAUGACGAAGACUUAGAUGACGAAGACUUAGAUGACGAAGACUUAGACGACGAAGACUUAGAUGACGAAGACUUAGAUGACGAAGACUUAGACGACGAAGACUUAGAUGACGAAGACUUGGAUGACGAAGACUUGGAUGACGAAGACUUAGAUGACGAAGACUUGGAUGACGAAGACUUGGAUGACGAAGACUUGGAUGACGAAGACUUAGAUGACGAAGACUUAGACGACGAAGACUUAGAUGACGAAGACUUGGAUGACGAAGACUUGGAUGACGAAGACUUGGAUGACGAAGACUUAGAUGACGAAGACUUAGACGACGAAGACUUAGAUGACGAAGACUUGGAUGACGAAGACUUGGAUGACGAAGACUUAGAUGGCGAAGACUUAGACGACGAAGACUUAGAUGACGAAGACUUGGAUGACUUUCUGCCAAAGCCCCAGCCUGACGCAGACAUGCCAGGGCCCAUGUCCCAGGAUACUCUUCCCACGGCUGUGCUGGAGAUGUUGGAGACUUCAGAGGACGAGGAACCUGUAGCUAAAAGCUCGAAGAAGGCAAGAAGAGCCGGUCAGUGA